CCCACUGCCUUUCUCUCUAUAAAAUUAACUAAAACUCUUUUAAGCUAAAUGAUCCCAAACACAAAUGCAUUGAGAACCCCUCACAGAAGUGCAUGUAUGAAUACUUAAUAUUGUAGGCUGAAAAAAAGCACUCGCACUUUUGAACAAUAUAUCUGGAAGUCAGUGGGAACCACAAGAGAUAGUUGGGGGGUUCACUUUUAUGCCAGCAGCGAAUCUCACAUUAGCUUUUGAUCAGUCUAUUUUAGUAUGAGCGAUCUUUAGCCUGCCCAAACAAAAAAGUCACCCUCCACCUAUGAACAGUUUAAUAUUCUAGUUCUGCUUUAAGCCUCAAAAAAUAUUCAUUUUUGGUAGGCACUGCAAAUUAGGUAUUUCCUUUGCUCAUAUGUUGCUUAUAGGUUGUAAGUAUUCCCUGUCAAUUCAGAGUCAUUACAUUGUGUUCCCCUGAGAGCUUGAAGCCCGAGAUCUGUUUUCAGAACCCUUGGUCAGUGGUGUUUUUCGCAUGCCAGGUGGAUAUAUAAAUAUAGAAGAAGAGAGAGCACGAUCAGCAGCUGUUGGCUGUUUUCAUUCCCGGCACAGUCUCUGAUGUAACUGACAGUGUAAGUUGGCACAAACAUGCUACAAGUAGGAAAGGCACUCUGUCCCUUGUGCUUGUCCAUCUGGUCACCAGGAACUUUUCAUCGCUGUAUGUAGGAAGCUUCAGUUACCAGCAACAGGAGGCUGUGAAAGUACUCAUUCUGAGGCUGUGUCUAGGGACAACCAAAGGACUCCUGACCAUUAUCAGAAUAGCCAGUACAGAAGAUGACUGUAACAUACUCCAGUAAAGUAGCUAAUGCCACAUUCUUUGGAUUCCAUCGAUUACUCCUUAAGUGGAGAGGAAGUAUUUAUAAACUGCUCUACAGGGAAUUUCUUCUGUUCACUAGUUUAUACACCACACUGAGUGUCAUAUACAGAUUCUUUCUUACAGAUUCUCAAAAACGUUACUUUGAAAAAGUCUCAAUGUACUGUGACAAAUAUGCAGAACAAAUCCCAGUAACAUUUGUGUUAGGGUUUUAUGUCACUCUUGUGGUAAACCGGUGGUGGAACCAGUUUGUGAAUCUUCCUUGGCCUGACAGACUUAUGUUCCUCAUCUCCAGCAAUGUACAUGGGAGAGAUGAAUAUGGGCGUUUGCUGAGAAGAACUCUUAUGCGUUAUGUGAACCUAACAUCCCUACUGAUCUUCCGCUCUGUCAGCACUGCUGUAUAUAAAAGGUUUCCAACCAUGGACCAUGUUGUAGAAGCAGGGUUUAUGACCUCAGAUGAAAGAAAACUAUUUGACAGCCUUAAAUCUCCCCAUCUUAAAUACUGGGUGCCUGUAAUCUGGUUUGGAAAUCUUGCUUCAAAAGCUAGAUCAGAAGGCAGAAUUCGGGACAGUAUAGAUUUGCAAAUGAUGAUGAAUGAGAUGAACAAGUUCCGAUCCUGGUGCAGUCUACUGUUUGGCUAUGACUGGGUUGGAAUCCCUCUAGUCUACACUCAGGUAGUAACACUUGCUGUAUAUACAUUUUUUUUUGCUUGUAUAAUUGGACGUCAAUUCUUAGAUCCCAAGCAAGCAUAUCCUGGCCAUGAUUUAGACCUGUAUAUUCCAGUCUUCACAUUACUGCAAUUUUUCUUUUAUGCAGGCUGGCUAAAGGUUGCAGAGCAACUUAUUAAUCCCUUUGGUGAGGAUGAUGAUGACUUUGAAACAAAUUGGUGCAUAGACAGAAAUCUUCAGGUAUCACUUAUGGCUGUGGAUGAAAUGCAUAUGAACUUACCAAAAAUGAACAGAGAUAUUUACUGGAAUGACUCUGAUGUUCGACCACCAUACACGCUAGCAGCUGCUGAUUACUGCAUUCCUUCAUUCUUGGGUUCAACUGUCCACAUGGGACUCCCUGAUUCGGUAUUUCUGCGGGAAGACUGGCUGCUGGAUGAAGACAAACCUAGAAGGCAACAUUCAGUUUUGAGAAGAGUAAAACGUUUUUUAAGUGUUCAUGAACAUUCUCCAGACUCCAGCAGUCGGGGAGGGUACAGCAGACAGGGAAGUGAUGCAUCCAAUAUAUUCUUUCCAAGUGAACUCAAUUAUAGCGGCAGUUUUCAUGAUGCACCACAUAGAGCAAGACAUCAUGCAUUCCAUACUAAAAGACGGGAAUCAACUGAUAAGAAUUCAAAACCCACCACACCUAAGGGAGAUUUGUCAACUAUUCGGGAAGCUAGCAGGUCUGAUACUUCUGGAAGAGCAUCUACCAGCAAUGGGCUUACACCUGAUAUAGCUUUAAAAGUUCCUGAAGUAGCUACAAGUAGUUCUGGUGAGACCAUGACCACUGCCCAUUCAGCUGUCCCUCCUCAGUCCAAUUCACUGACAGUAUCUGAUACAAUGGAAUGUUCUGGUAAUUAUCAAUGUGAUACUAACACUGCAGUACAACAUCCUGAACAAGUUUCACAAGAAGAACGAGCAGUAAAGGCACCAGUACAAGGUGUGGAAAAAUCAGCCAAUAAAGCAAAAGACCAUCAAAAGCGCUUCCACCGAUGGAGUGACACAGUGUUUCCAACAGAGAGUCAUGUAACAAAUGCUCCCCCAAACACAAAAUCUGAGCAAAGCAUUCCUCUUUUAAUUGCUUCAGAGAACAGAACAGAAACAGACCCCAAUCCAGGAGCUCAUAUGCUGCCUAGAGAAGAAGUGUUCAAUCCACCAAAACAUACUGAGAUUAAAGAGACAGAUAUUCUGGAGUUUCAUGAUGAAAAGAAAGAACAUAGAGAAUAAAAUAAGUAUUCUAAUAUAUUUAAGAACUCUAGGUUACAAAGCAAACUUAUAAGAAUGAUUGGGAAUAUUCUGUUUUUUAAAAUGAAUGUAUUAAAAUCUAUUUUUUGCACAAUA